AUGGCGGCUCUAUUCGACUGUUCAAAAUCGGUUAAGCCGCAGCAGCCUUAUAUGCCAGGGUCGGCGGGUACGACUGGUGGACCGGUGAUGUACCAUCCAACAUUGUUAUUCCCAACUGCUCACAUGUCAAUACCUCAGGGCUAUCAGCCUCGAUCCACGAAUCCUGGAUACUAUCCAUAUAUGUCAUACGUAUACCCCAACACAAAUCCAAGCCACACAUCGCCUUUGACUUACUCACCAGACUACUAUAACGGUCAGGGUGUUGGGAGUAACGCUCCUCGUCCACCAGGUCCGCUAGUGCCUCCGGCACAUCAGCCCCAACAACAAUCCCAUAUGCACUUACCUGGUAUGCGCCUUCCACCCGCAAAACGUACCUCGCGCCGGGUGCCAAUAAUUAACCCAGUGACUAGACAAGAUAUAUUUACUGAAGAUUUAUUUGCAACUGAAAAUGUGAGUGAGAAUUCGAGUGAAAGGCAGACGCCUCUAGUGGACAACUCGCAGAGUAUUGUGGAAGAGUUCACACGGAUGGUUAGUAAAGCUGCCAACGAGCCAUCUAGCGGCGAGACUGCCAAAACAAACCAUGUACCAAAAUGUUACGAAGUGCCUGCUAUGGCCAGCCCCGAGCAACCUCAAAACGCAAUAAGUUCUAAUAAUAAUGUAAAGUCUGAUUUAGUUAACGAUAAUAUAGGAGCCGAUGUGGAAGUUGAAACGCCCAUCGUGUCGGCGAUAUCCGACAGUCCUGUUAUAGUGCCUAAAAUGACAUAUACGAAACACCAAAAGAUUAGUGAAAACACAAUUGUAAUAGAUAAUAAACAGAAACCGAAAGCAAAAAAACCAAAUGUGCCUCACAACGAUACCGAUAAGCAGUCGGAUGUAGUGGUCCUCACUACAGAUAUGUUACCUCCUCAACCACAAAGGAUCAGAGAACCCAGAGUCAAGCCUUCGGAGGAGAAAGAGAAGCCGCAGGAGAAGUCUAACACGAAUGGCCCUAUUUGUAACUAUCUAUCGGAACCUGUCAAUACUAGUCACAUAGUUGAAACUAAGUUAGAUACACAAAAUGAUGUGAAACAAGAGACAACAUUUGAGACUGAAACUGAAACUUCUAAGCAAGUUGAACUCAUAGUUAAUACUGAAGAGACAUUCCCUAUAUUACAAUCGCCUACUGCCUCUCAAUUAUUGUCUAGUAUUGAAAAAGUAGCUCAAGAAUACGUGUCACGCCCUGAAACUCUUGAAGAAGAGAACAGUGUAUGUCUCGCCCAAGCCAAGCUCACACAGAGCAUAGUGAGUGCUGCUAGAAAUAACCUUGAAACUAUAAUGAAAGAUAUAAAUCUCAAUAAUACAUCACCAGAUCCUGAUGUUGCAAAUGGUAAUAUUACUGAGAUAGCUGAGACUGUAAAAGAAGACAUGCAUAAAAAUGAGAAACCCACAAAGACAUCCAAAAAGAAGCAAAAAAAUGCUAGUGUGGAAGUAAACAAGAAUUCUGGCACUGAGCCUAGUGCCAAGGAGACUUGUACAAAUGGAAGAGAUGAGACUGAUAAUUUAAAUGAAGUAGAAUCAGAUGUUAUUCCCUCGUCUGAACCUGUGACGCCUGAACCGACUAAACCAGCAGUGCCUGUAUUUACACUCAAACAUAAAUACAGUGAAGAUCAAUGGUCCCCUUUUAAUCCUAAUGGAAAGAAAACUUAUGAUAUAACACUACUAAAGCAGAUGAGAGAUGAUCCGUUGUGUAAGAACAAGCCAAAUUCACCACUGCUUGAGGCUUGCAAUCUUCUACGGACAGUGCAAAUGGACACAAUUAUGUCAUUCAAUCAUAUUCAUAGACCAGCGAAUGACUCCCUAUUCCCCACAUUCCUUAAGACUAUGAGUCCCGGUAACAUGAGAAGUCCUAUUCUUCGCGAUAACAAGAAAGACACUAGAAAUGUAGGAGCACCCCCAGAUCGUAUCUUAGGAAAAGGAAGCAUGAAACUUAGUUCACCAUCGAGCAACAGCGGGGGAAGAAAUAUAUAUAUUUCUCUCCGUGAAGAAGUGAAACUGAAUGAGAGUAAAGAUGCUUGGAAACCAACUCGACUAAAGAAAGAGAGUUUGAAUGAACAGGAGUUGAAAACUCAGGAGCUGUACAAGAAGUUCCGUGGUAUACUCAACAAAUUGACGCCGCAGAAGUUUGAUACUUUGGUCGACAAAGUGAAGUCACUCGAAAUUGACACACAAGAGCGUCUCGAAGGCGUAAUAGAUCUCGUUUUCGAGAAGGCUAUCGAUGAGCCGAACUUUUCCGAAGCAUAUGCUGCUAUGUGUAACAAGCUUUCGACAUUAAAGGUACCGUCAACAAAUUCACCCGAACAAUGUGUGAACUUCCGUGCGAUGAUAAUUAGCAAAUGUCAAAAUCAAUUUAUUAAAGAGAAGACGGACGAACACGUUCUCAAACUUGAGGCAGAGAUAGCAGAGUCCAAUGACGCCACUAAGAAAAGGGAGCUACAUUUACAACUCGCAGAAGUUCAACGCCGAAUUCGCAUGCGGUCAGUUGGAAAUGUCAGGUUUAUAGGUGAAUUAUACAAGCUAAAAAUAUUGAUAUCGAAAAUUAUGGUAUAUUGUAUGAAUUACCUGAUUGAUAAGCCGGAAGAGGAAAAACUCGAAUGUCUCUGUAAGCUUCUGACCACUAUCGGGGAGCAAGUGGAGGGUGAGGUGAAGGAUCAGCUCGACACCAUAAUGGACAAAAUGCAAGACAUUGUUAAUGAUCGCAAGAGUAAUAAGAUUAGCAGUCGUGUGCGUUUUAUGAUACAGGAUGUAAUUGAACUAAGAAGACGAAAAUGGGUAGCCAAGAAUGUUAUUGAUUCGCAACCCAAGAUGAUGGACCAGAUUCAGAAGGAGGCUGAACAACAACAGAGACAUAUUGAGUUGAUGAAUUCGCCCAUCGGUGGUGGAUUCCGACGUGAUGACAGCGGUAGUGGAAGAAAACGUGGGGGCGAAGGCCGAAGGCAGGGCAAUAACUUUAUGGAUAAUACGUGGAAGACUACAGCGACAAGAACCAGCUAUGUUGUUGACACAACCAAAUUGAAGGCCAUGCCGCCGCAAAAGAACUUAAGUACAAUUAAAUUGGCUCCUCACAACAUUGCAUGGAACCAAGGAUCGGGAGCAAAGACUCAAACGGUUGCACCUGUCAAGAAUAUGUACAGUAUUCUAGAGAAUGUACAGGUCGACCCGACUACACUAAGAGGUAACAAGGAACUUUCACCUGCUGCUUAUCAACAAUCAAAGUCAAUAGAGAGAUCCACUUUCAAUUCUCGCUCUGAUUUCGCAACCGGCGGUCGCUCCGGUUCCACUGGAGGGGUUAGGCCUACGUCUACACCCUCGCCCUCACUGCAGUCUGAAGCACCACCGAUGCCCGCCCAACCUUUGCCCCCGCCUGCCGUUCAAGAACCUCUUCCAGAGGACCGAAGAAAAUUCAUCAAGCAGUUGGUCGACCUGUGUAUCAUGAACCUUGACAAUAAUGAACUAGCUGAAGAGAUCAAGCUCUUCGCUCCACAAUACCACGCGGCAGUGAUAACAGAAAUACUUAAUGUUGCGCUUGAGAAGAACGCUAAAGAUAUUUCAAUUUUGGCAAAAUCAGUGACGCAUGUAGUCAGUUGUGGGGCAAUUUCCAGAGAUAAUUUAAUGAGUGGAAUGGCAGAAAUAUUUGAAUGUGGUCCAGAUCUAUACAUAGACAUACCGAUGCUGUACUCGUACUUAGGAAAAUUUAUUGCUCCCCUUAUAGAAAAGAAACAUGUUACGUUUGUCCAGGUUCACAAGGUUUCGAGCGGCCUGAUUUCAGUGAACCAUGGACACUCGUUUCUAAAAUGUGUUUUAGCUGAACUUAAGGAAAGUAUGGGCAAAACAUUCACUAGGAACAAGUGGCUGGAAUCAGGCUUACAAUUGCAACAAUGGAUGAAUUCUGACAUGAUACCGAAGUGGAUGUCGGACAACCACUUUGAGUUUCUCGAGAGCUCUGACGAUUCAGAGAUAUUUAAUGAAGACACAAAACGGAUCAUGACUCCUUGUGAGAUGCAGAGCAAGUUGCUUCAACUAAUGAAUAGCGAUGAAAGCUGUGAUUGCCUUAGAGGAUGGGUUAAGGACAACAUUGGCGCCUCUACCGGUGAAGAGUGGUUCUUACGUUGUCUGACGCAAGCGAUAUGCGAACACGCCCUCUUCGGCCCCGAGCCGACUCCGACGCCGCAUUUGAGUCACGAUCGCAUGAAUAAGUAUUCGCCCUUAAUCGGUGAUUAUGGAGACUCGCAGGCACAACGAGAAGCGGCUUGCCUCUUCGGUAUACAGCAGCUCAUUCAUCGGCUGGAACACCCUCAAGGUUUAACAUUAGAUAUUUUCCAAUAUCUGCAUGAGCAAUACGUAAUAUCUGUGGAUGGAUUUAUUGCAUGGGAGACUUCAGAGAUGGAGCCGGAGGGAAAAGCGGUUAUGCUUAAAGCUUUGACAUCUUUCUUCACGAGCAUAAGAGAGGCGGAUAACGAAGACUCGUCUUCUGAAGCCUGA